UGAGGCUCUUCCAUUGUGAACUUUUAUACCCAUCACCUUCUUUUGGCUCUUCCAUUGUAAAUUUUUAUACCCAUCACCUUCUUUUGGCUGUUCUUGCUUUCCAAUAACUCUUCAUACAAAUCUAGAUAUUUCCCCAUUUCCAUGGAGAUUGACUCCACAAGAAAGACUGACUCCAAAAGCAAAGAACAAGCUGGUGUCUUCAUCAGGUCGUGGAGCCAGCUCAAGGGAUUUCCCAGGAUGUUGAAGGACAAAGCUUGGAACAUUGCUAAGAACACAAAACAGAUUGGGAAAGAUGAUCCAAGGAAAAUUUGGCAUGCAGCUAAGGUGGGACUAGCUCUCACUUUAGUAUUGUUAUUCUACUAUUCCUGGCCGCUCUAUCAUAGCUUUGAACAAUCAGCAAUAAUGGCUUGCCUGACUGUGAUGGUUGCUUUUGAGUAUACUGCUGGUGCAACUAUGUCUAAGUGCAUAAACAUAGCUUUUGCUACGGCCCUAGGUGGCACAUUAGGUAUUGGAGCUAAAUAUUUAGCUGAGCUUUGUGGAAAAGAAGGGGAACCUAUAGUUCUUGGGUUUUUGGUCUUCAUUCUAGGUGCUAUAGGUACAUUUACAAGGUUUUACCCACAUAUGCAAAUGAGGUAUGACUAUGGAUGCAUGCUCUUUGUCGCAACCUUCAGUUUGGUGUCAGUCUCCGGUGACAAGUACUUGGAUUUGGAUAAGCAGCGGAUAUCCACCAUAAUGGUCAGUGUUGGAACCGUCAUGAUCAUCUCCUUGCUUAUUUGUCCAGUCUGGGCUGGGGAAGAUCUUCAUAACCUUGUUACUACCAACCUUGAAAAGCUAGCGAGCUUCUUAGAAGGAUUUGGAAGUGAGUAUUUUGACGUUUCAGAGGCUGAGGCAAGUGGCGAGGGAAACAAGGACAAUGAAAAGGGUUAUUUUGAAGCCUUUAAAAGUGUUCUUGGUUCAAAGGCCACUGAGGAAUCUUUGGCAAACAUUGCAUGGUGGGAGCCUGCACACGGAUCAUUCAGGUUUAAUCAUCCAUGGAAACAAUACUUGAAGAUUGGCGGAAUUGCUAGAGAAUGUGCUGGCCAUCUUCAAUCUCUUAGUGGCCACUUAAAAUCCAAGUCUCAGGCAGCAACUGAGUUCAAUAGAAGAACAGAAAAAGCAUGCAAAAGAAUGAUAACGGAAUCUAGCAAAACCUUAAAAGAGCUUGCAUUCUCCAUCAAAAUUGUGACGAAACUUUCUACCAUUACAACGGAAUCCCACACGUAUAACGCAAGAACUGCCAUUGCUGAUCUUAAAGAGACACUUUUUACGUUUAAAACCUUCUUCUUGUUCGAAGAAGCAGACACCAUUGAUGUCAUCGGAGCAAUGUCAGUGGUGUCAAUACUCAUUGACGUCACCAAGUGCAUCGACAAAAUCUCGGAGGCUGUUGAAGAGCUUUCAAUUAUAGCACGUUUCAACAAGGAGGAAAAGAAGGAGAAGAAGAAGAAGGACGAUUCUUCUUCGGCCAAGGCAUUGGAGAAACCACCGCCUCGGCCACGGCUUCUGAUUCCUGUUUUGGAGGAUGACAACGUCAAUAGUACUGGUGCUUCUGUUAUGAUAGAGAUACAUGAUUGUACAGAAUCGGCAGGGAAAAUCGCAGUGGAGGAGGUGAAUCCAGUAGCUGCAAUAAAAGCAGAUGAUGUUGUUUGUGAGAUACAUGCAGUAGAGGAGGUGAAGAUCGCAGAAAAAAGGUGAAUAUGUGCUAGCGGGACGAAAAGGACAUCCGGAAAAACAAAUAGAAGGAUAACAACAGGAUAUAGUUUAUAAUAACAGAUUGAAAUUCAUUGUCCGAGCAGGCCGUAGCUAAUUUUUUUAACUCGUAAAAAUAAGAAACGCAAAGUGAAAGGAUACAACGGCCUUAUUUGUAAUUUUUUUUAAGAUUUAAGACGUAUGAAUCUGAAUACAUAUUUGAAUA